CUUGAGAUAGCCGAAAACCCUAAACUCUACUCCACACCACACUCUCGGGGACGGCUUCCCCUCCCAAUUCCCACAUCUCCCACCACCAGAUUUCAAAUCCCGCUCCCCGUCCGCCGCCAUCCAUGGACGCCGACGACAUGGACGUCGACGAGAUCGACUCCCCCGCCUCCGCCUCCGCCUCCGCCUCCGGCUCCCUCUCCGCCUUCCUCUCCGAGCUCGCCGCCUUCCACCGCCGCUCCUCCUCCUCCUCCACCACCUCCACCUCCCCGCCCUUGUCUCUCCCCUCUCUCACACUCCUGUCCUCCCCGGCCACCGCCGCCUCCCUCUUCCCCCGCCUCGCGGCGUCCGGCCUUCCCGCUUCCUCCCUCCUCCUUCCUCUCACCUCCUCCUUCUCAGCCCACCCCAUCCCCGCCGUCACCGCCUACCUCCGCCUCCUGCUAGCCCCCGCCUCCCCCCUUGCCUCCCUCUUCUCCCCGCUCCCCUUCCUCUCCUUCCUCCUCGCCCUCCGCAAGGCCGCCACCGACACCCAUAACCCUAACACCGCAAACUCCGAUUCCGACAAAGCCUACCCCCGCAGGCGCAAGAACCAGCGCCAGCAAGCGGCCACGCGGUCCCCGUCUUUCCUUCCACAGGCUCUCUCCCUGCUCGCCGAUGCCGCGGGGAGGCUGCCGCUCGGGGAGCACCCGGAUGCGUUGAGGUCACUCACCGACACCGCCGCUGAGCUCGCGGCCUUCAAUGUCCUUGCCGCCGUCAUCGGAUCUCGCUACCGCGCCGAGGCAUUGCAGGAUGUCAUACGCGCGCUGCUACCACUGCUGCUCCCGGCUGCAAAAUCGCCUGCGCGGUCGUCCGCGGUGGACUUCUUGGUCACAAAGAUUGUGCCGUUGGGUGCCGAGGAAGGGCAGGAGGAGGGGAUAAGGAAGAUGGUGGGGUACCUGCCGAGGCUUUUGGCGGUGAGGGCACCGGAGAAGUCGGAUGCGAGGGGGCUGGCGGUUGAGGCCAUAGCUGAGGUGGCGCAGGCAAUGGAGCCACAACAAAGGGAUGGCUUCAUGGCAUAUCUGGUGGCCAUGUCCAAGGGCAAGGCAAAGGGACGGCUGUUUGCUGUGGAUAUGGUCCUGGCAAUGCUGCCGGUGCUGUUGCCGUCGGAAAUGGACGAAUCUGGUCUCCAGGAGGGCUCUUGGGGGCUCAAGUGUGUCCAGGUGUUGGUGGAGAGGUGUUCGGAUAUCGCUGGACUGGUCCGGGCUCGGGCCUUGACUAAUGCAGCCCAUGCGCUUGAUGUUUUGUCUGAAAGAGGUGUGGAGGUCGAUCGACUGCAGGAGGUGAUGAAGAUAGGGGACAUGGGUCUUGGAGAGUUGUUGAGGAGAAGGUGCAUUGAUGAUAAGGCUGCCGUGAGGAAAGCUGCACUUGUGCUCAUCACCAAGGCAAUUGGUUUGAUUGGGAGGCCUGUUGAUGAGUCGCUACUUGCUGCAAUGGGGGCUGCCUGCUCUGAUCCGCUAGUCACUAUUCGCAAGGCGGCUCUUGCAGCCAUCUCAGAGGUGUUCCGGAAAUUCCCAGAUGAGAGCGUGACAAAGGAGUGGCUUCAGGCUGUCCCAUCGCUGAUGAUUGAUAGUGAGACCAGUAUCCAGGAGGAAUGUGAGAACUUGUUUCUUGAACUGGUUUUGAACAGGGUCUGCCAAGCUGCCAAUUUGAAACUGGAUGAUGAUUCAGUCAACCUGGAGGAGCUGUUCCCGGAUGGGACACUGGAUUUACUGAAAAGCAUAUGUGAUGGAGAGGUUGUUCCCUGCAUAAAAAGGAUAUGUGCAAGCCUUGGGAGGAAGAAAAAGCUGAGACCACUGCUUGCUAGUUCACUCCAGAAUAUAAUAACAAUAUCUGAAUCAUUGUGGUUGAGAAGUUCUAAGCCAAUUGAGAAAUGGACUGCACCAGCUGGGGCUUGGUGGCUUCUUUCCGAGGUCUCCUCAUUUGCACCUAAAUCAGUUAACUGGAAGUUCCUCUCUCACCACUGGAAACUCCUUGAUAAUGUUGGCCAAGAAGGCACAGGUAAAGGUUCUUCUGAAGGGGAACCAAAUUCUGCGCUCUGGGCUGUGGAUCGUGUUUCACUCCUGCAAACUAUUUCAAAUGUCUCCAUGGAGCUACCUGUGGAGCCUGCAGCAGAACUGGCACACAGUUUGCUCACGCGGAUUGAAAAUUUUGAUAUGAACCUGAAUGAGGUCGAUGCCCAUGUAAAGUCGCUGAAAACUUUAUGUAAACGGAAAGCGAAAACGGCAAAGGAAGCUGAAGCACUAAUAAUGAAGUGGGUUCAGCAACUUAUCAAUAAAGCAGUUGAUAAUCUAGAAGGCUACAUAAAAGGAACAUCACAAGAUUCCAGGAGUUGUAGCUACAAUACUCCUCUGACUGGCAAACUUAAGGGAAACAAGGAGGCAGCCACAUCAAAGGCGAUGUCAGAAGCUGUUAUUGCUGUCUUCACUGUUGGAUCAGUGAUCCUAGCUUGCCCUGAUGCUAGUGUACAAGGCAUCAUUCCUUUGCUGCACACAGUCAUAACCUCUGGAAACUCUGAGCCAAGACCAACAAUGCUUGCAGGUGGAGCCGUUUCUUUCAAUGAGGUAGCUCCAUCAUUAUAUAUACAGUCGUGGGAUACAAUGGCAAAAAUAUGCCUUGUAGAUGACAAACUAGCAAAACGAUAUAUUCCGCUCUUUGUUCAGGAGCUUGAGAGGAGUGAUUUGGCCGCCCUCCGGAAUAACAUCAUGAUAGCAAUGUCUGACUUUUAUGUACGCUAUACAGCACUAGUUGACUGUUAUAUGUCAAAAAUAACAAAAGUGCUGCGUGAUCCCUGUGAAGUAGUACGGAGGCAAACAUUUGUCCUACUCGCGAAGUUGCUGCAGAGGGACUACGUAAAAUGGAGAGGAGUGCUUUUCCUUCGGUUUCUGCCAUCUUUAGUUGAUGAAUCUGAGAAGAUAAGGCAUUUGGCUGACUACCUAUUUGGAAGCAUCUUAAAAGCCAAAGCGCCACUUCUUGCAUAUAACAGUUUCAUAGAAGCUAUCUACGUCCUAAACGACUGCACAGGACACAGUGGAUAUAGCGAGUCUCAGUCUCAGGGUUCACAAGGGUCUCAGAGUUCAGACAGAGGACAAGCCCUUUUUGCAAUACGGGGGACUGACGAAAGUUCAAGGUCAAAACGAAUGCACAUAUAUGUGUCCUUGUUGAAACAAAUGGCCCCGGAGCACCUUCUAGCUACAUCAGCCAAGUUGUGUGCCGAGAUCUUAGCAGGUGUUUGUGAUGGCUUGCUAAGUGUUGACGAUGCAGCUGGAAGGGCUGUAGUUCAGGAUGCUCUACAAAUACUAGCUUGCAAGGAGAUGCGCAUCCAUCCCAGCAUCCUCGCGGACAAUUCUGAGAUGGACGAUGACGGUGGAGAUGGCGGGGCGGCCAACGCCCUCCAGGCAGCCAGAGGGAGGGCGGUGACCCAGGUGGCAAAGAAGAACCUGAUUCAGAUCGCGAUCCCGAUAUUCAUCGAGCUGAAGCGGCUGCUGGAGAGCAAGAACAGCCCGCUGACAGGGUGCCUGAUGGAAUGCCUGCGUGCCCUGCUCAAGGACUACAAGAACGAGUUUGACGAGAUACUGGUGGCGGACAAGCAGCUGCAGAAGGAGCUUCUCUACGACAUGCAGAAGUUCGAGGCCGGCAAGGGCAAGUCAUCCAGGGAAGGAGAGGCCACCGGCCCCAGCAGGAGCUCUCCGGCUGCUGCUGACCCGGGUGGCGCAGCUGCGAAGGCCACAGCGCGGUCGGUUAUCAAGGAGAUGAACCGGAACGUGCCGACGCCGCCGCUGCACACCAUGAGCGUGCCCAAGGUGAAGUCGGUGCUGGGCACUGGAGCGCUGAGUGGCUCGCGCUGUCCGUCUAUCCUAGAGUCAGUCAGGCGGCUCGAGCCGUUUGGAUCAGACGAUGAGAAUUAGCAUGCUCACAACUUACAAUCAAAGGAAAUGGAAUUAACGUUGUUUAGUGUGUGCGUGCAAAGCCGUUUUACACGCCACAACGUGUACAAGUCAGAGCAAGAACAAAUUUGUGCUCAUUUCAUGGGCAUGGUGUACUGAGAUGCCGUAUGCACCUACAGACAUAUGUAACUGUGUCAUGAUGCUAAGAGGGAGUACUUACUAAGCUCAUCUUCUCAAUGAGUUCCUUA